AUGAAUGAAAAAGAAAAAAUUAAUACAUCUGUUUAUUAUUUAAGAACAAAAAAUAAUAUUGAAUCUAUGGAUUGUAAUAAUGAUUGUAAUUAAUUAUGUAUAGGAGGAUCAUAAUAAAGUUCAAAAUCUUUAAAACUACAAAGAAAGCCAACAAGUGCAAGUUUUGUAUAAUGGAAUAGAUUAGAUUAAACAAAGAUAGUCACUUCAUAUUAAUCAAAUAAUAAUUUUAUAGUAUGGGAUGUAACUAAAUUAGCACUAUAUUGGGAUCCUAAAAAAGAUACUUAAUUAAUUACUGGUUCAUAAGAUAAAACUAUAAAGCUAUGGGAUUUAAAUUCAGGAAGAAGUAUAGAAACAAUAUAGUGCACAGAUGCUGUAAAAGAUGUAAAAUAUUACCCAAAAGAUUAAAAUUACAUUAUAUCAGCUCUUGAUAAUGGCUAUAUAGAAGUUCAUGAUCUUCGGAAAAAAGAUAAAACAGUAUCUUCGUUUAUUUGUAACAUUACUAGAAGAGAAAAAUAAUAUUUUACAGAUAAUGUUCACAUUGUGGAAAUUUAUUUGAUUAUAAUAUAAAAUAAUAGUGUUAAAAAUGUUAGAACAAAUUUAGAUGUGCAUAUUGGUAUUUUUAAAUUAUUAUAAAUAAUAUUAUUUAUUAAAUUGCCUGUUAGAGGACUUUUAAUGUGGUGUUAAAUAUGCUAGCAUGGUGGUCAUUUACAUGAAAUGAAAAAAUGGUUUAAAAAUAAUCAAGAAUGCCCAACUAGAUGUGGACAUCGUUUUACAAAAAAUAAAAAAAUGUUGGAUAAUAAUUAAAGUACAGUAACAUUUAACUAAAGUACUUUAAAUAACUAAUCUGAAUAUUACCAAUCUACGUUUUUAAAAUAAGGAGGUAAUUAUAGUAUAUUAUAAAAACCAUAUGAGUUUAAAUUUGGUACUUAAUUUGAAAGUAAAAGAGGUCCAGUAGAUUAAGAUGUAUUUGCAAACCAUGAAAUAGUCUGUUUAUAUUUUUCAGCCAGUUUUUGCCAUCCAAGUAGAGCUUUAACUCCUAGAAUAAUAGAGUUUUAUAACGAAGUUAAUAUAGAAGAUAAAGUUAUGGAAAUUAUUUUAGUUUCUUUUGAUAAAAAUGAAGAGGAUUUUCAAAAAUAUUACAAAAGUAUGCCUUGGUUAAGUCUUCCUUAUGAUAAAGAUCGUAUAGAAUAAUAUAGGGAACAUUUUGAAAUCAUAGGAAUACCUUAAUUGGUUGUAUUGAGAAAAGACGGAAGUGUAUUACAUUUAAAUGCUAAUAAAUAAAUACUAUAAAGAGCAGAAGAAGUAUUUUUAGAAUGGUAAAAAUAAAUUACAAAUGAAUAAUAAGAAAAUAGUGAAGAAAUGAGUUAAGAAAAAAAAGUCACUUUUUAAUAAUGA